CUUCUUGACUUGGAUCUUCAAGCGUGCUGUGCCGAUGGCUCGGGCUGCGAGAGUGAUCGAGUUUCGCACUCUUGGCCAAUACCGCGACUCUCUCAUGUUCUGGGCCAGCUACUACGCCUCGCUGGAAGGAGACCGUACGCUGCCGCGGGCGAAACUCUUCCAGAAGCUCACUCUGCAGAUGAGAUAUGCCCACAGCAAAUACAAGGGGCCCACACCAAAGAAGGACAAGACCUGGCUAGGACUUGCCGAAAUACGCCAGCUGCUCGACCACGAAGCCACCGCCAAUAGGUGUAUUGAGCUCUCAGAACAGCACCAAGUUCUCUGGUGUAUUGCAAGACUCACCGCCCUCCGUCCCGGCUCUCUCUGUCCCGGAGGCCCUCUGUCACGCGUCCAGGCUCUCACCUGGAAGAACUUUCGCUUCUUCCGCGGAGACGAGAAAGACGAGUUCCACUGCCAGAUGACUGUGGAUCACAUCAACAUCAAGCGUCCAGAAGACCCGGAAUCUCGGCUAGAGCGAGAAAUUACUACAUUCCCCCUGACGCUUCGAUUCUCGUCUCCACGACCGGAGAAUAUCGUCUUUUCUCCCGCUCAUCGCUUGCUCGUGAUUUCCAUUCGCCACGGAAUCUUAGAAGAUAUCGAUACACUGGAAGACUUGUUUGAAGGGAAGCAGCACGAGAUUAUGGUGAAGCUGGGCAAGCAGCAGGACAUCGUGUUCUACAGAGGCAUCGCCAAGGGCACUGCCCUCGACAAGUCAAAGCCUCUCACAUCUAACGCAUUGACUGAGUACCUCAAGCGACGUGGCCGCCAGCUGGGAUAUACCAAAGACAUCUCAAUGUACAGCAUUCGCCGACGAGUCGCUAUGGACAUGGUCAAGCGUGCGGACAUGGAGAUCGCACGCUUCCUGCUGGGUCAUGCUCCGGACAGCCAUACGCUCCCAGUCACUCGAUCUUACGGGCCAUCUCGUCGACGAUGGGGUGCGAAAUGA